AGAAUAAAAUAAAAAUGCAGAUGUUAUAUGACGACGGUGAGAAUGUCGAUUUUAACAAAAAGCUACAAAGGAUGAUGCCAACGCAAAUUCAGGAUAUUAUUGCCACAUUCAUUUUUCUGAUACUUCUCCCGUGUGGAAUCCUGCUCCAUCUCCUCUACGUCCUUCCAACCUGGUAUCCAGUUAUGGGAGAAGCAUGGGUCAUUCGUGCAACGUGUUUUGGUGUACUGGUGUUCAACUUAUAUUCAAACUGGGUGUACAUGAUUAAGACGGGCCCAAAUGGACAUCAUUCUGCUCUCCCAAAUGUCAUCAAACCCGGAUACAAACACUGCCACAGUUGUCAUUCCAUGUCUCCACUAAGAGCUCAUCACUGUCCAGUUUGUGACGUGUGCAUCCUUCGCCGUGACCACCAUUGUUCGUUCGGGGCAGUUUGCGUCGGGCAUUUUAAUCAGAGAUACUUUGUCGCCGCAGUCAUCAACCUCUUCAUUAUGACUCUGCCACUAGUCUCCUACUCAUGGAGCCUUCUCAAUAUCAAAAUGACGAACGAAAUCGGCUUCGGAAACAUUUGGCAAGUGGUCAUUCCCCAUCUUGCCUGGAUCGCCGGAUACAUCUCAAUCUACCAAUUCCUCCACGUCCUUCUAUUUGUCUUCACCUUCACCGUUUCGCUGUUCACUUUUUACCUGCUGACUGCUCAAGUUUUCUGCAUUUAUCAGGGACAGACAAGAAUCGAGUUUUUGAUGGACGUUCACGCAUACCAGCUCGGACUCCUUGAAAACCUCCACCAAUCGCUCGGCUCCCGGUGGCCAUUCAUUGCCAUUUCUUGCUUCAUCCCAAGUCCUCUGCCAACUGAUGGACUCGGCUUUGUCACUCGCGAGAUGUUCAAUCUUCAUACCAAAGAUCUCUAAAUUUCACAAUUCUCAACUCGAAUUUAACCACGUGUGCUCCAUCUUUCUCCCGUUCUCCUUCCUACUACAAGUCCAAAAAGAAAGUGCUUUGAAAUUGAUUUGAAUAAAAGUUUAAAAGUUUU